AUGUCAUCCACCCCCCGUCAAACCGUCCUCAUAACCGGCGCCAACACAGGCAUCGGCGAAGCCAGCGCCCGCGCCCUCGCCGCGAAGCACGCCUACCACGUAAUCAUCGGCGCGCGUAACCUCGCCGCCGGGCGUGCCGUCGCCUCGUCCCUGACCGCGCAGGGCCUGCACGCCUCGGCCGUGCACCUCGACCUCGCCGACCAGGCGUCGAUCGAAGCGGCCGCGAAGACCAUCGAGACGGACCACGGCGGGAAGCUCGACGUCCUGGUCAAUAACGCGGGUGUGCUGACGGAGACGGAUCCGAGCGCGGCCGGGCUGACGCUGCGGCAGCGCUUCGAGCGUACUUUUGUGCCGAAUGUAUUUGGGGCCGUGUGCGUUACGGAGGCGAUGUUGCCGCUGCUCCGCAAAGCCCCCGUCCCGCGCAUCGUCUUCGUAUCCUCGCGCAUGGGCUCCCUAGCCAACGCGCAGGACCCGGGCGCCGCGUUCCACGACGACGACUUCCGGUCGUACGACUGCAGCAAGGCGGCGCUGAACCUGCUGGCGCUGAACUACGCGCGCAUGCUGCGCGACGCCGGCGGGCUGGUCAACGCCGUCUGCCCCGGGGUGGUGAGCACGCGGAUCAACGGCUUCAUGGAGGGGGCGGCAGCGGUCGAGACCGGAGCUGAGAGGAUCGUGGAGAUGGCGACGUUGGGGGCCGGAGGGCCGACGGGGACGUUUUCGGAUCGGAAGGGCGAGAUUGCUUGGUGA